AUGGAUAAUACCAUGUGUCGAAGGUUUGAUACAUUGAGAAACUAUUUCCCCGAUGACUUAAACAGCCAUACAAGUAAAGAUAUUAAUGAUUUAGGGAGCAUUAAGAAUUAUUGCUCUAAUGGAGAAUCAGGGGAAACAAACUGUAAGACUUAUCUCGAUAAAAUAAAUGCUGGAUUUUUAUGGUUGUUUGACCAAUUGUUUGUGAAAAAUCAAAUAAGUGAUAUCAAUAUUGCUGAAUACAUUAUCAUAUGGUUAAGUUAUAUGUUAAACCUAAAAAAAGAAAGCGAAAUCACCAAAUUAAACGAUUUUUAUAGUAAUUAUAUAGAAAUUAAUACACAUUAUACUAAUUGUAAUAAUGAUCGUGGAGAUUGCAGUAAGUCAUUAAAAGAAAUAACGGGAUAUACAAAUUAUAAGGAAAUCAUAGAUAAAAAAAAAGAAUUGUUCAAUAUUGAUUUUGAGUAUAUGUCUAAAUUUUAUGAUGCAUUUAAAACAUUAUGUAACAUGUAUACUGAACUUGAUGCAAACAACCCAAAUAAUAAGAAUUAUUUAAAUUGUGCUAAAAAAUUUGUUGAAAAAUAUAAUGAACUUAACGAUCCUAAUAAUACUAAAGAUAACGCAUAUUAUCAAGUAUUGUCUACUUUAUCAAAUUAUUAUAAUAAUUUUAAAAAUUUUUGUGAAAGUAUUACCAUUGAUUGUAGCGAUAUUCCGCUACUUCCAGAUAUAAAAACAACACAAAUUUCUGAACAGAGUUUUGAAACGAGUUCUGAACUGAGUUCUAAAGUUACACCAUCAAGUUCGUCGGUAACAAACAAAUUAAUUCCAGUUUUAUCGAUAAUUGUUGCAAUACCAAUAUUCUUGGGAAUUUUUUAUAAGUAUUCAUUAUUUGGAUUUCGGAAACGAACCAAAAAACAACAUUUAAAAGAAAAGAUAAAAAAAUAA